AUGAUGUUGCCCAUACAGCGCACGCAUGAAGGUGAAUUGGAGCCACCGAGGCAGCACAUCGACAUCAAAGCGUCUCGGAGAGCUCCAACUUUUCAGUCGAUAGGGAGACCACGGCAAGAUAUCCGAAAAGCUUCAACGUCCGCUCGCCCAUUCGGAGACGGGGACACCUGGAUCCGUACCUGCGCGGACAUCCCGGCCGCGGCUACCUUGACCGGAGGAACCCUGACGCUCCUCAGGGACAUCCACUGCGCAACUCUUAAGACCAUCCACAUCACCGGGGACACAGUCAUCCGUUCGCACUCUGCGCUGAACACGAUGGGAGUUGGGCUGGUUGUACACUCUGGAGCUCGCGUGACCAUCCGUGCGCCAACCGUACUCAUGCAGAAGACCGAGACGAUGCGAGGCCAGCCCGUCCUCCGGGUCCAGGGGAGCGUAGAGUUUGAGGUUACCAACUGGGUUCCGGAGCACCUCGAGGGAACUCUGGCGGACAACCACGGCAUCGUCUCUUGUGAAGGCCAAGGGCUUGUGCGUUCGAAAAUGGCCAUCCUGUACACCUCAAGCGCUGUCAUUGUCGCCAACCCUGCGGCCGCUUUUAAGAAGGAGGCCGACCCUGUCGAGACGGCCAUGCCUACAGACCCCGACCUGCGCAGGAAGCUUGCCAUCAUGCACGCGAGGAUGAGCAUGGACAACAACGAAGACGUCACGGGCAACAACCUGUCGUCCAUCAACCCUGACCCUCCUGCUGCUACCGUCGUCGCCGACGCCAAAUCUUCAUCUCCUGCCGCCGCUCCCAACCGGAAGCCUUUCUCUUCUGUUGCUGCCCCCGACGACAGCGAUGACGGCGACGACAACAGCCCCGCCGCUGCCAACCCCGGCCCCGGCCCCGCGUCCGCCGCCACCGCCGCCACCGCUGGGUCUUCGCCGUCUUCUGCCGUUGACCCGAAGGCUUUGGCUCCGGCCAACGUUGGCAACAACCCCGCUUCGGGAAUGUCCAUAGCCGAUUUCAUGAUGGCUCCGCGGGACGCAGACGGCAACACCACCGGUCCGGUGCCGCAGAAGAACCGGACCCUGCUCACGGCCAACCCGAGGAAAAUGUCCAAGGUCCGAGCGCUUCGAUCCGAGAACAUUGCGGCUAGGCUCGAGAAGAAGAGGGCGGCCCUCGAGGGUCGGACCCUCCGGAGGGGAAAGGUGGCAACCCUCAUGGGCUUCUUGCCCUUCGGGAAGCACGGCUUCCUCAGGAGAAGGGCGAGGGAGCACGCGGAGGCGCACAUGGGCGAGGCGACGCUCUCCAUCACCAAGAAGGGCGGCCUGGAAGUAUCGGUCGACGGGAUCGUCGUGCUCCGGAAGUCUGGGCCAUCUUGGUUUGGGUUUCGCCGAACAGAUCGGUCGUACGAACUGCGAGUGACAGAAGAGGGGGUGGUUAUCUCCAGAAGAGGGAUGUACGACUGGGGAAUCAAGGCUCAGGACCCCUAG